AUGGCGGCUGAGCAAACAACAGUAAGUUACCGUAGAAAUAGAAAUUAUUCACACCACUUUGUUUGGACUUAUGAACAUAAUCGUGAUUUAUAUAAAUGUUAUAUAAAAGCAAGGAGUGACCCCUCUAAAGGAUACAUGAACAGAUUAAAAUUAUUUUGGGACGAAUUAUAUCCAGAACUUUCAAAUUUUAACGCAAAGCAGUUACGACAACAAGCUACGUUUGUUGAAAAAAAGAAUUUGCAUUUAACAAAAGAAACCGAUAAAACAAGGGACACAGAAGUUGAGGUAAUUAUUUCUCAAACAAUAAACUCAGCGCAAGUUAACAACCCUAUUGAACAAAACACUCCCCCUUUGCUUACAAAUGAAUCGACCGAUGAAGGCAAUAACGAACUGAUAAAACAUCAGCGUGAGAGGUUCAUGGGCAAUUUUUAUACUUUUAACAAGCUUGAUAUUACAGAAAGAACAUUCCUAACAAAAGUAAUAAUGAAACCCAAUAAUGAAAUAAUACAAGCUAUUAAUACGGUAGCCGAUGAAUACUUGCAACAACUAAAGCUAGAAAAAACGCCUUCGUAUAUAGAUAUUAACAACAUAAUAUAUACAGCUGCAGUCACCGUAAACCAGUAUUUAAAUUGUGCCAGAGAACAAAAGUCAAAGGCGGCAAAGCCUCCGCAAAAGCGGUGGAUUAUAAACCUGGAAGAGAAGAUUAACUCCAUCAGACGAAAGCUAUCGCAUGUCCACCUCGUAAUACAAUGCCAACAAAACGGAACGCUAACAAAUCAUCAGCGCAAGAUAAAAAAAAUACUACAAAAGAGAUACGGAAAUGUCGGCAUAAGGAACAUGAACUAUCAAAAAACUAUGCUUCAACAAGACCUAAAAGCAACGAGUGAACGGUUGAAAUAUCAAAAACGACCUUCGGAACGAAGAACAUUAAACAAACAUUUUGCAAAAAACCCUAAGUUAGUGUACAGGCAAAUGAAGGGAGAUUACAACUCUACUAAAGACAUACCUCCGAAAGAAGAUGUCGAAUCUUACUGGAAAGAGUUAUGGUCAAAACAAGUCAUGCAUAACGAUAAAGCAGCAUGGCUUGAAACAUUGCACCAACUACUGCACCAAUGUCCGGCAAAAUCAGUACACCAUUGA